AUGUCUGCAGUGGUAGUUCAUCUGAGAGCCACCGGUGACGCUCCAAUUCUCAAGCAAUCCAAAUUCAAGAUUGCCGGAACAGACAAGUUUGCAAAGUUUGUGUAUGUAAACAGCGCUUUCUCACCAAAUCCUGAUGAGCUGGUCCUAGAACUUUAUAAUAAUUUCGGCAUUGAUGGCAAAUUGGUGGUCAAUUAUGCAUGCUCCAUGGCGUGGGGAUGCAGAGAGAGCGUCGACGAGGUGUCCUUGUAUGAAGAAACAAUUCACUCCGCCGGCGAGAUUUGUAUGGAUUCGCCGUUAUUGACCUUAACUAUUGCCCUUUUCUUCGUUUCUUUCUGUCUCGUAGCUGAAUCUCAGGAAAAUGUGAGACCACCUGCAUUUUCGCCACCGCCGCCCUCUCCACCACCGCCGCCGCCUUACACUACUCCUCCACCACCUCCACCACCGCCUUUCACUCCACCUCCUCCGUAUGUCCCACCUCCGCCUUUCACUCCGCCUCCUCCACCACCGCCUUUCACUCCACCUCCUCCGUAUGUCCCACCUCCGCCUUUCACUCCGCCUCCUCCACCACCGCCUUUCACUCCACCUCCUCCGUAUGUCCCACCUCCGCCUUCCCCACCACCUCCGCCACCUCCACCAUCUCCGCCGCCGCCACUGCCGCCGCCACCUUCUAUGAGAGGCCUCUUACCGCCACCUCAGCCAAAUUCGAGGAGCCCUCCCUCGAGGGGAGAGCUCAACACAGGAAAGAAAAUCGGGCUGAUGUUCAUAGGGGUUGCCGUGAUCUUGCAAGUGUGUGUCGCGGCAUUCUUGUUGAUCACAAGAAGGCAACUGCUGAAGGCGGANUUUAUUUUUGGUUCUUUCUUUUAUGAAAUUGACAUAGUCAUUGGUGAAACAUUGUAA